GUAAAUUUAAGGUAAGAUGGCGGUUGACCUGACGUGACCAGCUGAACGUUUCGCAGCUGUAAACAGCUCGAAAUCAUCCCAAAAUCCCGAUAUUAAGAAAUCUUUGGACAUUUUUUCGAACCCCUUGGUAAUAUAUACAAGGUCUGAUAGAAAGAGAUAAAGUUGCUGGUAACCAUGGCAAUGCGUCAGCUGGUGGAGGGGGAGUGCGGAGGGGCUAACCCCCUGAUGAAGUUAACCACACACUUCACUCAGGACAAGACUCUGAGACAGGAGGGGCUCAGGCCGGGCUUUCCUGCAGCGAGGGGACUACCUGUGACACCUGACAGAUUUGCUGAAGCCUCAGAGGAACAGUUGGUGAAUGAGUUCCUGGCUGACCAGCGCAGCCAUGCUGCCCCAACAACCUUCCGUAUGGACGCUCUUAUGCAGGAGAUGAGAGAAAUUGAAGAUGCUGAGAUGAGAAGUAGACUUGCUCAAGCUCCAAACGUAGCAGACCUUGCCACUGCUGCAAAUUGGGCUGAUGAGUACCUGGCAAAGGAAGGAACAGACCUGAACGACUCGGACUGGUCCAAGGAGUUUGUAGAUGAUCCUAUCAGCAGAUAUGCAGGUCCAGAUAUUCUCCCAUUGGAGCAGGCUGAUGCCAAGUGGGCCCAUGAGUAUUUAGAACAAGCAGAAGAUAAAACCUGGACAGAAGAAUUUGUCAAAUUAGAAGAUGAAGCAGAUACAAAGUGGGCCGAAGAGUUCACGGAAAAAGAUAAUGAACUUGCCAGAACAGCCAAUCAGCUUCUGCAGUCCAUAGACGACCCUAAAUUAACCAACUCUGAGUUCAUGAAGUUUGUGAAGAAGAUAGGCGAGGGGGAUGUCACAAUAGAGGGGAACCAGGUUAUAGACCAGACAGCUGACAGGGAAGCUGAAAAGUGGACAGAACAGUUUGCUAGAGAACAGGGUUGGCAGCCAGGUACAGAAGAGGAGGAGUGGGUUCAACAGUUCCAACAGGACCCAGAUGUGUUAAACUUUGACACUGACGAGGCCAGACAACAGUUAGAGGCUGGCAGUGACUUCUGGGACAAGUUACAGGAGGAGUGGGACCAGUUAGCCCAGCAGGACUCCGCCCAUCCCUGGCUCUCAGACUUUGACAAUGCUGUAGACACUAACAAGGAAUACACGUUUGAGGAGGAGAACCCACUGAAGGACCAUCCUGAUGCCUUUAAGGAAGGCAUGGAGAGGUUGAAGCAGGGAGACCUGGCCAACGCUGUGCUGCUGUUUGAGGCAGCUGUACAGAGGGACCCUGAACAUAUGGAGGCGUGGCAGUACCUGGGUACCAGUCAGGCAGAGAACGAGCAAGAACAACAUGCCAUCAGUGCACUGAAAAGAUGUCUGGAGCUGCAGCCUCAGAACCUAACAGCCCUGAUGGCGCUGGCAGUCAGCUACACAAACGAGUCCAUGCAGCAGCAGGCCUGUCAGACACUCAAGUCCUGGCUGGCCAACACCACCAAGUACAGCGACCUGGUUCCACAGGGGGCAGAGGCAGCAGGGGCAACAGCCAAAGUCAGCUCCCUCAUGUCAAGUGAGCUACAUGAUGAGGUUCGAGAUCUGUUCAUCCAAGCGGCCAGGAGAGCGCCCAAGGACAACAUUGACCCGGACGUGCAGUGUGGUUUAGGGGUGCUGUUUAACCUGUCUGGGGAGUAUGACAAGGCUGUGGACUGUUUCAACGCUGCCCUGGCUGUCAGACCUGAGGAUUCGUUGCUGUGGAACAGACUGGGCGCCACCUUGGCCAAUGGGAACCGUAGUGAGGAGGCGAUCCAGGCGUACCGGCGCGCCCUGCAGCUGCGCCCGGGGUUCGUACGCAGUCGGUACAACCUCGGCAUCAGCUGUGUCAACCUCGGAGUCUACAAGGAAGCAGUAGAACAUUUCUUGACAGCCUUGAACAUGCAGAGAGCGGGGAAGGGUCCGAAGGGAGAGGCAGCACUCAUGUCAGAGAACAUCUGGAGCACGCUUCGCAUGGCGAUAUCGCUCAUGGGGCGGCCGGAACUGUAUGCGCACUGCGACCGCAAGGACCUGGACGCACUCAACAGCGAGUUUCGUCUGCACGAGGUGGAAGUCUAGAUCUGAGAAGCGCUUUUCCGCCAUAUUGGAGGAAGAACCAACUGCAUCAUACAGUGAUUCCCACAAGAGAGAGACUCAGAGUUUGAAGGGACUGUACAGUAUUUGGGGUACGACCAAUACUGUUUCAAGUGUGAUCUGUAUUUAUAGGAGGGGACUCUGGAAGUAAAAUAAGUAAACAUCUGGGCACAAAUCAUGAAAAAGGGCAAAGGCUUGAUGUACCAUACUUGUCAAAAUUGCAAUUAUGUUGUACAUGUACCUGUGUUCCUUAGGCCACACCAAUUUAAUUUCUUGGUUAACGGAUUUUUCUAGAAAAAUAAUGGAGCGGG